AUCAAAUCAUUACUCAUACUUCCCACCAUACUCUACCUUUCUUGCAGGCUGCUUCCCCAAUCUUUUGCCUAUUUAUCUAUGGAUCCAGGAGAUGAAGGUAUGGCUAUGGCUGAGGCAGUUCUGGAAACGGAGAGAGAGUCGCUAAGAGCUUGUCAACUUGCACUUGAAGCGAAGAUUAGCGAGCGUGCAGUGCUAUUGAGAAGGAAGCAAGUGAUGGGUGCAAAGGAGGCCGCCAAGCAAAAAGUGGUUGCUGAUUUCAUGCUCUUCAUUGAAGCAAUUGAGAAAAAUGAUAUGGAGACUACCAACAGAUUCGAUGAAAAAGCAAUGAAGAACACCAUUCUUACAAUGAUGAAUGAUGAUACUGGAGGAUUUGGAAAGAAGAAAUAGUAAUGCUUUCAGAGCUUCACCCAUCUGCCUGUUUGGAUUGGAAACUGGGUAUAUGACUUGUUCUGUCCGUACAAGCAUUAAAAACUCCGAGUUGUCAUGGCUGUUGUUAUGAUGUUUUCAAGAGUCGUUGUGUGGUUUUUUUUUUGUUCAUUUUCCUAGUUAAUAUGGUUGGGACAUGAUGGGUUAUGCUGUUCAAGUUACAGAGUUUGAUGUUUCCUCGCUUAUGUUGUACUGAGCCGUGACUCUCUCAUAGUAAUGUAAGGAUGUCAUUAUUUUAGGGAAAAAAGUUUAUUUUUUUUAUUACAAAA